GAUGCAUACAAGCAAUUCUGCCAACUAGUAGGCAAUAAGCCUCUGGACCAUCCUCCUAACGAGCCAUAUCACCCGCCGCAGGACUCACUCUACCAUCGAGCUCUGAACCAUCGCAAAAGUCAAGCACGGAUGUAUGUCUUCUCUUCCACGCUCACGAACGGACUCCUCCUGUCACAAAUUGCUCUUGGAGCCGCACUUACCGGGCUCGGAGCUAGCAAUUCAAGCGCAGUCUUGAUCACAGCAUUUGGUGCUCUCAACACGAUCAUUGCCGGACUUAUCGCAUUUCUGAAGUCAAGAGGACAGCCAAUGCGUGCACGCAUGUUCCGCGAUGAUUUGGAUCGUGUUGUGGACGAGAUUGAGAACUCAGCAACGAUGUGGAGAGGCAUCAGCCAAAAGGUCCAUGGCUACGAUGCAAUCGACACCGACGAGUCAGUCACAGUCAGAAGCGAAGUGGCUCGACUCACGAGACUGUACGAUCGAGCAGUGAGAACAAACACUAUGAACGACCCAGACUUCUAUGGAUCAGGAAUCACCGCGGAUCAUUCAGGCGGUGGGCUACGAAAUCGCGGCGGACAAACGUUUCUUCCUGUUGUACAGCCUCAAUUACCUGCGGUUGUUGAUCAAGCUGAAGCCGCUCCAAUCCCAGCCAUUCCAGGCCCAUCAGCUGAUCCGGACGAGAGCCCUGCGACUAAAGCACCCACACCGCCUCCAAAGAAGGACGAGACCAAGCCUGCUAAGACCCCGACCGAUAGCCCGAAGUCGCCUGAGAUCAAUGGCACGCAG